CGUGAACACCUAUGUGAGUCAAUUCACCUAAAAAUAUCCACUGACCGGUGGAACAGUGUGACAGUAGUGCAUUGGGAACGAAUGAAAAUGGAUUUUUCACAAUAUCGAAAGAUUCUGGUCUACGCUUUGACUUUCUUUGCUUACGCGUGGUCUGGUUACGGAGCUGGUUUGUUAACGAACUUAAAGGACGCUGUACUGGCCGCGGAAUCUGUCUUCCAGGAUUUAUUUCAAAAUGCAAUCACCGUAGCGAGGAAAAUUAAGGACAUACACGAAGUGUUUGACGCAGCAGUGGAAGAAAAUUGUGUUUUCAAGUGUCCAGGAGGUGCGAUUCCGAAACCGGAUUGGAAUCACAAACCACAAAGCAACGGAUGCGGAUCUUUGGGAAUAGAGAUAAAUCAAGAGUAUUUACCACUGACGGAGAUGACCAAAUGCUGUGACGCGCACGACAUUUGCUACGAUACAUGUAAUCUGGACAAGGAGAAGUGCGACUUGGAAUUUAAACGAUGUUUAUACAAAUACUGCGAAGGCUACAAAACGGCCACGAUCAUAAAUACGUGCAAGGCAGCUGCGAAAAUGCUUUUCACGGGUACAACGACUCUAGGAUGUAAGAGUUACAUGGACGCCCAGAAGGAGGCGUGUUACUGCGGGGAUAAAUGGAACAAGAACAAGAAACCAAAAAAAGCCGCCCAAGCGGGAGGAGAAUUGUAAAAUUAUUAUCUUCAAGUCCGAAACAGACUUUUGCGAAUCUCAAACGAGGAUUAUAUGUAUUUAUUCUAUGUUGAAUAGGUCGCGACGAUAGUAAUAAGAAUGUUUUGUACUCGACCAAUAAAACUA